AUGAUAGUGCAACAAUCUUUACUUAUCUUGUGGGAUGUCUUGAAAACAAUAUUUGUUUCUAUCGGAUUAAUUUUUACAGAAAUUAAGAGAUUAUUUUUCUAUAAACGUAAAGAUGUUCGAGGAAAACUUGCUUUGGUGACAGGAGGUGCUAAUGGAUUAGGUCGUGGGAUUUGUUUACGAUUAGCAGAACUAGGAUGUAGAAUAGCCAUUGCUGAUAUUAAUUUGAAAGCAGCUGAAAAGACUUGUGAAGAAAUUCGUGGCAAAGGAUAUAAAGCUAAAGCGUAUAAAAUUGAUGUAACAAAUGCAGAUGAAAUAACAAAGCUUCGAGAUGAUGUUUUUAAUGACCUUGGAACGGUUGAUAUUCUGAUUAACAACGCCGGCUUAAUGUCUAACAAAAAUCUUGAAGAAACGUCGGAAAACAUUGAAGCAAUGCUUAAAGUGAAUAUUUUAGGAGUGAUCUUGAACUUGAGAACAGAAAAAUGGAGGAAAAAAAUUAAGACCACUUGUGUUUGCCCUUACUACAUCAAAACGAGAGAAGAUGUUAUUGAUUUCUUGAACCCCAAGUUUCCAGCACUUGAAAUGGAAGAUGCGGCUAACGAGACUGUGGAAGGAAUCUUGAGAGAAGACCGUGUUGUCACAAUACCUAGACAUCAAAUGGCACUUUGUAAAUUUUUAAACAUUUUUCCAUUGAGUGUUCAGGAAGCUGUAAGAGAUCGAAUUUUAAAGGAAUACGAAUUUAACAAUCCCAAUUGCAAAUUAAACUUUGACUUCUAG